AUGGACACAUCUGUGAUACUGUUGAUCAUCCUGGGAGCAAUCACAGGUGUAAGCCAUGGAGCUGGUGUGCUACCAGACAGUCUUACUGCAUCCGUUGGAGGGACAGUGAUGUUCACCACAACAGUGACUCCACCAGAAACUCCAUUCCUGGCUAUCACAUGGGGUUUUUCAGAUGUCCUUGGUAAUGGUCUUAAUAUAAUAACCUCAGUUGAUGAAACCAUAAUUGGACCGUCAUACACCGACAGGGUCACCUUUUUCAGAUCUACUGGUUCUCUGCAGCUCAGCAAUCUCACUUUCAGCGACAUUGGAGAAUACACAGUCACCCUUAUACCUACUGGAGGAGCACAGCAGAGAGGAACCUGCAGGUUGAUGUUACACGCACCAGUCUCUGAUGUAAAUGUAACCACCAGCAGCACAGACUUGGUCGAGUUCAGCAGCUCUGUCAGUCUGUCCUGCUCCUGCUCUGGAUCCUCCCUCUCUUUCCUCUGGCUGAACGGCAGCUCUGAGGUUACAGCCAGUGAGAGAGUUCAGCUCACUGAUGGAGGCGCAACUCUCACUAUAGUCAGUGUGACCCGCUAUGACCAGGGACCAUUCAGGUGCCAUGUGUUCAAUCCUGUCAGUAAUGGCACCAGUGACCCAGUAAACCUCUCCAUCAGCUAUGGGCCAGAAAAUACCAGUUUAACACUAUCUCCAUCGCAAGAAUAUUAUGCGGAGGGGUCAGACAUCAGCCUGUCCUGCUCAGCUGUCUCCAGACCUGCUGCCCUGUGUUACUGGUUCCUGAAUGGAGACCUACUGAAUGACACUGGGCCAGAGCUCAGACUGAUGAACAUUCAGGGGAGUCAGAGUGGAAACUACAGCUGUCAGGCCUUUAACAACAUAACCAUGAGAACUCAAACAUCUCAGCCUGCAGCCUUAACUGUUCUGAAAUCACCCGUCUCCAAUGUGGCGAUAACUCCUAACACCACAGACUUGUCAGAGCUCAGCAGCUCCGUCCGUCUGUCCUGCUCCUCCUCUGGAUCUUUCCCUUCUUUCCUCUGGCUGAACGGCAGCUCUGAGGUUACAGCCAGUGAGAGAGUUCAGCUCACUGAUGAAGGCGCCACUCUCACUAUAAUUAAUGUGACCCGCUAUGACGAGGGGCCGUUCAGGUGCCAUGUGUUCAAUGAUUUCAGUAAUUACACCAGUGAUCCUGUGAAACUCUCCAUCAGCUUUGGCCCAGAGAAUACUAAUCUGAAGCUGUUUCCAUUACAACAAUACUAUGAAGAAGGAUCAAACAUCAGCCUGAUCUGUUCAGCUGACUCCAGACCCCCUGCUCAGUUUCACUGGUUCCUGAAUGGAGACCUGCUGCCUGAUACUGGAGCAGAGCUCAGACUGAUGAACAUUCAGAAGAGACAGAGUGGAAACUACAGCUGUCAGGCCUUUAACAACAUAACUCUGAGAUAUGAAACUUCUCAGACUUUACUUGUGACUGUACAGGUACCAGUUUCUAACGUGGUGGUGACCUCAAACACCACAGACUUGUUUGAGUUCAGCAGCUCUGUCCGCCUGUCCUGCUCCUCCUCUGGAUCCUCCCUGUCUUUCCUCUGGCUGAACGACAGCUCUGAGGUUACAGCCAGUGAGAGAGUUCAGCUCACUGAUGGAGGCGCAACUCUCACUAUAGUCAGUGUGACCCGCUAUGACCAGGGACCAUUCAGGUGCAACGUGUCGAAUGGUGUCAAUAAUGGAAUCAGCCAGUGGGUGAAUCUUGUCAUUCAAUAUGGGCCUGACAACCUGAACAUCAUAGGACCCAAAUCUGUACAUGUUGGAGAUCUGACAGUGCUCUACUGCUCCACUAGGUCUGUUCCAUCAGCAAAGUUCACCUGGCUGUUUAAAGGAAAGCCAGCUAAUGGUGAUGAGGCUGUGUACGUCAUACAGUCCAGCCAAAAGUCUGACAAUGGGACGUACACCUGCACUGCUGAGAAUACUGUCACAGGACAGAGUCAAACGGCACACCAUGAGUUAACUGUCGUAGAUUUCUCAGACUGUGACUGCUCAGCUGCUGUUGGAAGAGCUACUAUCUUCACAGCUGGAUGUUGUGUCAUUAUUGCAGUACUGAGUGGAAUAAUUGUGUUUCUUCUGAUAAGGAGGAAAAGAGUCAACAGCAAUUAUCCAGCGCACCAUAAACAAAAAAUAAGUGUGAAGGAGACGCAUUCAGAUGUGUAUAAGAUAACAGAAACAACAGAGAAAGAUUUGUAUUCUCAUCCUCAGAAGAAGACUCUGAGACCACAUUGCAAGUCCUUGUUCUCUAUGGACAAGAGGAUGCUCAGGACCGCCGUGAUAAUUGUUUUAUCAGGUUACUUCAGUAUGUGUGCAGGUCAGGGUAUCUUACCCCCAGGGCCUCUGAGUGGAGCUGUGGCAGGCACAGUGAAGUUCACCACCACCCUCAUACCUCCUGAGAAUCCAUUCCUCUCCGUCAGCUGGCGCUUCGAAGGGGUGAACAUCAUCACCUCCACCAGCAUCAAUAUCACGGAGCCCGGACAUGCCAACAGGAUCACAUUAGACCGAGCCACAGGAGCCCUGGAGCUCAGAAACCUGAUGCUAGAAGACAGCGGGGAGUACACUGUCACCAUCAUAGAAGACAGAGGGCUGCAGAAGGAGGGGAAGACUUAUCUGAAUGUGUAUGCACUGAUAACAGGAGCCACCAUCCGAAGCCCUGCGGCCAUCCUGAUAGAAGACAGAAGCUCCACCAACCUCACUUGUGAAGCCUCUGGCUCCAUCACCACCAGAAUCUGGAUGAAGGAUGGCUGGCCUCUCCAACGCAGCAGCAGAGUCAGUAUCUCCAUGGACAACAGGACAGUGUUCAUACAACCUGUUGACUUCUCCAACCAUGGUACCUACCAGUGUCGAGUCAGCAACCCAAUCAGCAGCAUGACUGUGGCCCACAAUCUAACUGUCAACUUUGGACCACAUAACAUAUCGAUUAUAGGGCCAUCAGCCGCUCCGCCUGGCCAAACAGUGACACUGAGGUGCACAGCAGACUCUGUCCCACCAGCAAACUUCAGCUGGAUGUUUAACAGCAAUGAGACUCAUGUUAAGAGCUCCAUGUAUAUUAUAGAGAGGUUGGAGGCAGAAAGCAUAGGGAAUUACACUUGCAUUGCCAGAAAUAUGGUGACCAUGCAGGAAAACUCCACAGUUCUGAAUCUAAGAGGAGUUGUGUAA